AUGGCGCGGAUCACAGCUAGUGCAGACGGCCAUGAACCUGUUCGUUCAACAAGUAGCUCUAACCAGGCCAUGCAGGAGGUCACCGUCGAUGAAACAUCCGAUCCUGCUCGCUUGCCCCGAGAAGUCGAUGCCGAUUCGGAGUAUCUGACCGGCGCAAAGUUCUGGCUCCUCGUGCUCAACCUGGCCGCCGUUCUCGUUCUUAGCAGCAUUGACAUGAACAUUGUCGCUACGGCCGUGCCUAGUAUUACUGACUACUUCCACACCGUCGCGGAUGUCGGUUGGUAUUCUUCCGCGUUCAGGCUCUGCCAGUGCGCUUUUCAGUUUGUGUUCGGAAAAGCGUACAAGCUCUUCCCUACUAAAAAUGUCUUUCUGCUUGCCAAUGUCAUCUCUAUAGCAGGCUCGCUGCUCUGCGGCGCGGCCGCUGCCUCGACAAUGCUUGUCGUUGGCAGGGCUAUAACGGGACUGGGCUCUGCUGGUCUUCUUUCAGGAUGCUUCGUCAUCCUCGUGGAAUCGACGCCUCUACGCAGACGGCCUAUGUUUACAGGCAUGAUGGGCGCGAUUGAGGGCCUGGCUACGCUAUCCGCACCAGUCCUUGGUGGUGCCAUUGUACAGUCACUUGGCUGGCGAUGGUGUUUUUACAUCAACGUGCCUGCCGGCGCAAUCACGCUCCUGUUGACAAUAUUCUGUUUCACCGCUACCCCGAAGCCUAGCCACAUUGCCCGCAUGGCGCUCAGACAGAAGAUUGCGCAACUCGACCUGGUUAGCAACCUGCUCUUCAUCCCGGCGCUUACUGGCCUCUUCCUCGCAUUAUCAUGGGCGGGUACUAAGUAUUCCUGGGGCAGUGGUCCAGUGGUCGGUCCCUUGGUUGCCUUUGCUGUGCUUAUGGCUGCAUUUGUCUACAAUCAGAUACGCAGAGGCGACACCGCUGCCCUACCGUUACGCAUCAUGAAGCGCCGCAGUGUUAUCGCCGGAUGUAUUUUCAUUAUGUGCGGCAACAGCACUGGCAGCGUGCUCGAAUAUUAUCUGCCUACUUACUACCAGGUCGUUCGUGGAUAUUCCCCCGCCAAAAGCGGCUACAUGAUGUUCCCUAUUAUCAUCGCCGGCACCAUUGGAGCGCUCAUCCACGGGUUUGGCACCAGCGCCUUCGGCUACUACGCGCCAUUCAUGCUCUUUGCCUCUAUUAUAAUGCCUAUUGCAGCGGGCCUCAUAACCACUUUCAAGAUCAACACUAGUUUCGAGCAGCUGAUCAUAUACACCGGCUUCUCCGGACUCGCCUACGGGAUUGGCUUUUCCGGACCGCAGAACGCAGUGCAAACAGUGCUACCCAAGGAAGACGUCCCCCUCGGUACAUCUAUAAUGCUGUUUGCACAGUCUUUCGGCCCCGCUGUGGCAGUUGCAAUCGCCCAGGUCCUGUUCGAAAAUGAGCUCUCUAAGAAUCUAAGGGGUCUCGUGCCGGGCCUGACCGGGGCGAAUAUCGAGAAUACAGGCCUGUCACAGAUUGUAACAAGCGUGCCAGCAGCCAAGUAUAGAGAAGCUCUGGUGGCAAUUGAUAAGAGUCUCAUUCAGACAUGGUACUUGGUGGUUGGGUUAGCGUGUGCCACGAUGGUUGGGAGUUUGAUGAUUGAAUGGCGGUCGGUUAAGACGAGACGUGAUUAG